GAGAAAAAAGAGUGAUGUGUAGUCUAUGAAUUCGAUGCUGGGUGGGUCUAACGUUACAGCUUUUCAGAAUUGCAAAUAACUAUCGUGCGUAAAAGCUCCUUCACAGACUCACUUCUGUCGUCGUAUUCUCGCGCUCUUUUCUCAUAGCCUGUGUAUGGGGCCCGUUGCAACUAACGGGGAUAGCAUCCAUAACAAACGUUAGUCACAAUGUUGGUCCUGGCUGGAAUCGUUGUUCUUCACAUUACCGCCAUCAUCCUGCUUCUGGUUGCAACCAUUGAUAACGCCUGGUGGCUCACAGACUCAGUGGCCACAGAUGUGUGGGGCCGGUGGGAACUGGCAGGCUCAGCUUGGCACUACACCAACCUCAAAGGAGACUAUGCUGAAGAAUACCUCCAGGUAGUGCAGGCCGGAGCAGUGCUGGCUUGCAUCUUCUCCAUCCUGGGCUUGUUUGUGUUCGUGGCUCAACUCUUCACCUUGUCCAAGGGCCAGAGGUUCACCUUCUCUGGAGCCUUGAUGCUCAUCUCCUGUCUGUGUGUAAUGAUUGCUGCGUCCAUCUACACGGACAUCUUCCACAAGCAGGACCAGGGCUGGUUCGGACACUCUUUCAUCCUGGCCUGGAUAUCCUUCGUUCUCACCUUCAUACUGGGCGUCAUCUACGUGGUCCUGCGCAAGAAGAGCGAGUAGAGGAACAAGGGAUGAAGGCGAGGAGAGGAGGAUUGGAAGGAUAGUUUUUAUUACGUUUUUGCAUUGUGUUGGAAAGGGAUGGAGGGAGGGUAGGGGUCUUAAUUCGUUUAUUAACAGUCCCAGUAUUCCGAUUUUUCUUGUGAGGAGGAAGGUGGUACAGAAGGUGGGAGAGCGGACCCCAAAGAAUUGUAUGCACAAUCAAUUUCUAUGCAGACUACUGCAUGCCUGUUCAAAUGGGAGAUUUGUAAUGUGUCAUUGAUAUAGUACUGUAUAUUUCAAGGUAUGCUACAUACCUGUUGCAGUACUUGAACAAUCAGCAAACAAGCUUAAUUUCCAGUACAUGUUUUAAAAGGAAUUAGAAUUUUUAUUUUUUAUAUCUGAAGUAUUUUAUAACCAAUUGUAAUUGUUUUUUGAUCUAAAUACAUUGUAACCGUUUGUUGUGUAAUUGUCGUAACGUGUAUUCUAAGUGCAUUUUAAUAGUGUGUGAUUCUGAGUUUUGGUUGGCUGCUAUUGGCUGCUAUAUCAAAGUACAUUUUAAUCAUGUGUGUGAUUCUGAGUUUUGGUUGGCUGCUAUAUCAAAGUACAUUUUAAUCACAUGUGUGAUUCUGAGUUUUGGUUGGCUGCUAUAUCAAAGUACAUUUUAAUCAUGUGUGUGAUUCUGAGUUUUGGUUGGCUGCUAUAUCAAAGUACAUUUUAAUUUGUACAAGUGAAAAAGGUCAACCAGAAACAGAGGUCAAUGCGGUGUAUGUAAUAUCACCAUUUAUUAUAAUGCAGUAGAGUUCUGUUUCUGUUACAAUUCUGUUUUGUAAUUACAUUGGAAUUUAAGCCAUGUUUGUUCAGACUAUACAAUUUAUUAACAAAAUAAAAACGCUAGAAAA